UUUUCAGAUGUUUGAGCUUGCAUUUAUCGCUGUUUGCUUGUUAAUCUUAGUAUAUGUAGCAAUGAAAGUUGCUAAUAGUGGAUUUUUUGCAAACUUACAGCCUGUGGUCACGGAAACACCAAAAUACUUGGGAAAAGCGCUCACUGUCUACUAUAAACAUCAUGUCGGAGCGUAUUCUGGAGUUGGAGCAUUGUUCAAGGAGGUUCGAGAGCUUCUGCCAAGUGGAGCCGUAACCUUUGGUAUCUACUACGACAAUCCAAGAGAACGUGAUGAGCAUUUGCUCCAGUCAGCUGUCGGUGUUAUUUUUGCAGAAGAUGACAAACCGCUCUACACUGACAAUUAUGCUCAACAAUUGACGCGAUGGGGCUAUGAAAAAAUGGUCUUGCCAAAGAUAGAACGUGCUGUUGAAGUGAGUCAACCGUAUACGGGAGCUCUUUCCGUUUUUGCCUUAAUAUACCGGACUUAUGGCAUCAUCCGGCAGUUUAUCGAGGAGAAACGUUUGGAGACCUCGAUAGCCAUCGAGUUUUACAGCAAAGACGAAAUCUGCCUGUCGUUCCCACUGGAACACGUCAAGGAGUUUAUUGUGCCAGAGUACUUGUCACCAGAAGCGUUGGAGUCUAAGCUUGCGAGGAAGAAAUUUGAUUCUGAUGAGGAGUCGAGCGAAAGUGAACUGGAGCAUGCCUCAGAAGUAGAAAUACCAGACAAAUCUGAGAUCGAAAGCGCUGCUGGCGGUGAUAAGAAGGCCGACUAGAUGGAUGUCCUUCACCCCGAAUUUGCUUUGUAAAUUGACAAUGUUCGAAAUAGGUAACUGCGUGUGCCUUGUAUGUUUGCUGUUUUUCUCGCACAUAUCCAAGUUUUGUUGUUAUUUUUCCACGGUUGAGAAUGAAGUUUCCAAAAGAUAU